ACGUUCCGCUCUGCAUUCUGGAACUGGUGAAUCAAUGUCAUCCAGCAGUAAAUUGUAUAUUGGAAGAAAAUCUCGAAAACGUAUUUGCGUUACUAAAACAAGUUCAGCUGAUUUUAAUUUAGAAAUCAGCUGCAGCUUCAUGCGAAGAUUCCCUACUAAAAUCUUAUCAUAAGGACGAAGAUUUUAUAAAAACGUUCAAUGCCUUAAAGUGUCUGACUUUAUUGUGAAAAAGGAUUUACAUAAUGCACAAAUUCUGAUUAUUGCAAAUCCAAAUUGGGGAAUAUCACUCGUCGAAAUUGAUAAAGAAAAUAAAUGAUCGAUGCAAGUUGUAGAGAAGAUGAUUUCCUUGUGCAGCUACAGCAAAAUGGUUGGUCAGUGGAGUUCUGAUAUUAAUGCAUUGGACAAUCAAAGAAAUACAUCACUUCAUGUAAUUGGUAGAUAUGAAAAACCAAUAAGUGAUUUCAUGACUCUACAAGCAGUUAUAAUGGUAUUGAUAGAAGAUGGACACGGUGAAUAUUUAAGGACACAUACUUGACGAAGCCAAACCGUCUGGUCCGUUUCAAAAUACACUUAUUUGCAGAUGAAAAAAAAGAAAUAAAUUGCUGAACAUUGGUUUGAGAUACAUACUAGUUAAUGAACCAAUUAUUAAACUUGCAAUAGUAACAUGUGAUAUAUAAGAAACAUUACGCGUGAAGACCACGCUCACAGGAACUCAAAGCUGUUA